AGCUACGCUAAGCGCUUCGCUGAAUAACUGAGCUGAGUUGUAACUUGAGGGAAGCGGUGAAGGCAAGGUGAGGUGACCUGGUGGAAAGAGUUUUAUUUCUCCUGGCACCUGUAUUCCUCGCGUAGCCGAGCUGAGGCUUCACAAUGGAAAAGACUCCGCUGAAGCUGAAAUUGAAGCUUGGAAGUGGAGGUCCUUCUACCCCAGAACAGAAAGCAACUUCAUCACACCCAACCAUCAUCUUAAAUAUGGCUGAUGAGGAGCAGGGACAGGUGCCAUCAGAUGAGGAGGUGGAGGAGGAGGAGUGUGCUGAAGAUGCCCAGGGGGAUGAAGAACCAGUAGCAGAGGAGGAAGGACGAUCUCGGUCCCGUCACUCACACCAUGAUGAAGGAGCAAGAGAGAAACACAAGAAAUCAAAGAAAAAGAAAAAGAAGAAGGAACGUGAGAAGGACAAGGAAAGACACAAACAUCGUCAUCAUCGGGAUAAGACCGAGGGUGAGGAGACUACGGAGGAGCCACCCAUUAAGAAGCAGCACCUUGAAGCUAACAGUAUAGGAACAUUGCCAGCUAAGGACUCUAUGUCUCCACUCCCCAAGAGUAAAGAAUCUUCUGCUGCCUUCACUCAACUUCUGGACCACCUCUUGGUAAACUUGGAGAAGAAAGACCCACAACAGUUCUUUGCAUGGCCUGUCACUGAUGCCAUUGCCCCGGGAUACUCCUCCAUUAUAUCUCAGCCAAUGGACUUUUCCACAAUGAAACAGAAGAUUCAGGACAAUGGCUACACCAAUUUAAAGCAGUUUCAGUCUGACUUCGAGCUGAUGUGUAACAACUGUAUGACUUACAAUCAGCAAGACACAAUUUAUUACAAGGCUGCAAAGAAGUUGCUGCACCUAGGGCAAAAAUCCAUGGUACCUGAAAAACUGUUGGCUAUGAAGCGUGAACUGCCCACGAUGACUGUUCUGAGCAAGGAACAGCUUGGUUUUGAUAUCAAUCCUCCCCUGCCCUCUGGUGGAGAAAUAGAGGACACCAUAGACACAGAACCUGUAGAGUCUAUGGAUGAGGAUACAGACAGCAAGGAGCCACAGAGCAAAUUUGAGGCGGUGCAAGAUGACAUGACCUCUGAAGAGAUCUUGGAACAAGUUCAAAAUGCCGCUUGUGAUGCCGUUGAUAAACUAACCCUUAAGAAACCAGCCAGCACGCUUGGGUUCUUACGUCAGCGAGGAGAUGGCACCACCACGCUCAGUUUCCUGACAGGGUGUGAGGGAAAUGACCCGAACCUGAAGGAGAAACCUGUCAGCCUGGGGCUACUCACAGGGAAGCUCACUCAGGGCUCAGCAAUGCUACAUAAUUUCCGAGAUGAUAAACGAAGCAUGGCUAAACCAAUUAAACCACUAUACUAUGGGUCGUAUUCAUCCUUCUGCCCCUCAUAUGACUCGACCUUUGCUAACUUGACCAAGGAAGAAAGUGAGAUGGUGUAUGCAACAUAUGGCAAUGAAACAGCUGUCCAGUAUGCUAAAAGCAUAUGCGACUUUUCUCAAGAUUGUGAUAUGGCCAUGCAUCUAGUAGACCAACUGUUAAACUUGUUGACACAUCAGCAGCACUCGAGAACAAAGAAUGUGAUUGAAGAACGUCGUCGAAUGCAAGAGGAAGAAGAGCGCAUUAACACACUACUUUGUCCUUCUGGUGACUCGGGAGCAUAUUCUUCAUCAAGUGAUCAGAAGGGACCCACAACAGUAGACUUCACUUCUCUGCGCUCACUCUCUGAUAUUGGCAUUGACACUACCUUUGUCAACCACUUCGAGGAUCAGGAGAAGCGUGAAAGUCAAAUAAACACACAACUUGAAGAGAAUGCUGUUCUCCUUGAAAAUUUGGCAAAGGAACAGAAAGACCGUUUGUCACGCCAACGUCCCUCCAACCUAAACAAUUUACCUCACCCGUCACCACAGGAGUUAAAGCUGGUGGAGAAAGUAACGGAUGGUCUGACUAUGGUAGCUAAGCAGGCAACCCCUGGCGCCCUAGCACCAGUGCCCAUUGUGCGCCGGGCCAUGGGCAUCACCAUGCACCCGGUCACUUCUGAGCCCAGUGAGCAGAUUGAGGUAUGAUAGAUUCCACAUACAAAUAUUUCAUUGAGAGACAUUCAUCAUGAAAAUAUAAAUAACGUUGUGACCACGUUGAGCUGCUGCCACCAGUCACGAUAUUAGGCAGCAGUUGAUGUGGUCAGUAAUUGGAGUGGUGAAUACCCAAGAACACGAUACUAAUUGGCAAGAGGAGGAAGGCUGCUGGCUAGUCUGUCUGUCCUCGUAUCUCAUGUGGCCACGGACAAGGAGGAAGGAGAAGUUUCUUGUUUGAUGUAUUUGUGUCUUCUGUUAUUUUUACGAAAGCUACAUUUCAUUUUGAAUUAUAGUUUUGCUCAUAAAAGUUUGCUGAUCUGAAACUUAGAGUGAGCUUGAACUUUAAUACCUCAGGUGGAUAUAGAGGGAACCUCGUCCCAGGAGGAGGCCACCCCUCCUCCUCCGCCUGGGAGCGGCGGUACGGAGGCCGGCACAAGGGGCACCAACACUGAUCUCGAGUCACAACUGCGGCACAUUCUUAACCAGG